GACGUAGCGGGACAAUCUUCAAAACUUUGUUCUUCUGCACCUUAUCUCAGAGCGAGCUCAGCCUGAAAUUCAGGAUUUUAUGUAGGUAUGCCUUCUGGCUUUUCCAAACAUAUUCUUAAUGGAUACAAACGGCAGUCCUAGUGGCCUUUGACUGCGUCCAACAUUUGCUUGAAUGCUUUCAGAUGAAUUCAAUCGUGGAACACUUCUCCUGCGGUCGGUGAACCACUUUUAGGUCGCCCAGCGUCGUUUUCUGAAAAUAAAAGCGGAUAAUACAAUCCUGGUUGUUUGAGGCACCUAGUGCAACAUUUAUGACCAUGUUGUUGAACAGCGGAGGCCCCUCUGCCACCUCAAGGCGGCCCUCGCUUCAUACCAGGGUUCCGUCCCUUACUCCAGAGUUCUCUGAUUCUCGUACGCACGGCCCAACAGGCCCCAGUCGUCACGUCCGUCUGCCCCGCGCGACAACUUAUGGUGGAGGUUCCAUCGCGAAAAGUGAGGAUGGUACUCGUUGUGUAGUAGCAGGAAAGGAAUCUCUCCGGAUCCUCCGUGUCACCGAGCCUGAUGCGACUGCCUCAACUUCUGCUGAGCAUAGAACCGCCGUUGGACGUGGCGGAUAUCGGAUUGAGGCGUCGCGAAACCUUUGGGGUGGAAGUGGCUUCAAGAUAGAUAGUGCUUUCACCGAUGUUGCCUGGGGGCACGGUCCUUUCAGCAAUAAGAUUCUUACCAGUGCCCGCAAUGGCGAACUUAUCAUGUGGGACCUGCAGAAGACUGGCGCCUCGAAGUAUGAGCGCCGUGCCCGUGACCAUGUUCGCUCUAUACAACAAUUGGCAUGUUCUACAAUUUCGAUGAAUUAUUGCCUGACUGGUUCCGCGGAUGGAGACCUUCGUAUUUGGGACAUGCGUGACCUCUCGAAGUCUAUUAUGCGGAUACGCCAUCCAACUUCUGUGCGUUCUUUGGUCCUUUCCCCCCUUUCCUGGCAGCCUCUACAGGCGAUCACAGGCCUAGAUAACGGUAGCAUAUACCGGUGGGAUCUCAACAUGGGACAGCGAGGUCUCCUAGAUCGCAUACCAGUAGCGCACAGUAAAGCCAUCAUCGCGCUAGACUGGUCGCAUCCUCACUCCACUUUCGGCGUCAAGAAUGCGCCAGUAAGCCCCACCCAAGCUAGUUCUCCUUGGUAUGGAGGUAUGGGCGCCGGUUUAUUCGACGAUAUUGGCGGCUUCGGUGGCGUAGGUAGUGGUACAAGUGGUCUAACGAAUACACCUGUCGUUGCGGACGGGGAGACUUCGAGGAUGGGAUGGCUAGCCAGUGGUGGAUUGGAUCGAUGUGUAAAGGUCUGGGACCUAACAGCGCCAUCUCCCGAGACUCAUAUCUCUAGAACGCCUGCUUACACCCUUCAUACCUCAUUUCCAGUUCGUCGGGUCCUCUGGCGUCCAGGCCCGGCUUACGAAUGUGAAUUGGCUGUAGUCUCAAAUGUCGAGUUCAGCACUGGAAGCGGAACGGUCGACCAAGCCUCUCCUCCUGGUGCGCUCAGCCCAAAUAUGAGUUCUGAGGCGUUACCCAGUGAAGGAACGGAGACUGCAUUGUCAGUCGCCGAAACUAAAGCUUCUUUGGCGACUAUGAAGAGCGAAGUUGGUGAUCCGGUAGAAAUUUGGGACGUGAGACGAGGGCAUAUUGCAAAGUGGGUAGUCCGGGGGUCAGCAGUUGACGGCGGAGUGACAGACAUGGUUUUCGGUGACCCACAUUCGAUAUGGGCCCAGCACUUCUCUGGCUCAUUCUCUCAAUUCGAUCUUCGCCAAAUGUUGAAACCACUCGAUGCUGUUCCUAGAGUCGCUGCUACUUGGGAUGUAUCCGGUUCUUUGGUUUUCGUCGCUGAUAGACCCCGACGAUGGGAAGUACCCUAUGAUGACAUACCGCCAGAGAAGCGUCAACUUGUCCAAGAGCAGAAAGGCAAGCUCAAGGCACUGGGGGACAAACCCUAUGGCCCUAAGACACAAACUGUUGGAAUGCUUGCCGGGACUGAUCUGACGGAAGACAUCGAUGUGUUCGUGAAGCUUGCAAAAGGUUAUAUCUUUGAGGGUACCGACCGGCGAGAGAUAUGUACUCAUAAUGCCGAGGUUGCCUCGGGCGCAGGCAAGCAAGAUGCAGCGCAAGCAUGGUUGUUACUGCAUUCCCUGCUAAUUGACUUGAACCUGCCACCAUCUCCGACGCUUUCUCUUUCACCUCUUCCCCUGGUACCUCCCCAACUACCACACUCUAACUCUGCUCCUGCCGCUGUACCUACGACUGGACAUCGAAUUGCUUCGACCUCAGUUUCUGUUCUACCUCCUCGUUCAAUUUCUCUGGAUGACCAGGCUCACGGUAGAAGGUCUUCCGCAAGCCCAUCAUCUUCACGCCAUUCGCCAGAGAAGCCAUCUGCACCGAGUUCCGUAACGGGGUACCUCACGCCACAAAGAGUAACUCCUGCAUCGUCUGUUCAUUCCUCACCCCACCAUGCCUCUUCUGCUUUACCUUCGGUGCCUGGUGCUCGUCGCCCCUCUAACUCAGGUUUGUCAGCCUUGACUCCCAUCAGCUCGGGACCUCAAAAGCGACCCAAGAUGUUCCCAUCGUAUGGCCGAAGGCCAUCCUUCCUGCAUAGUGCUCAGAGCGCAAGUCCAAGUGAUAUGAGUGUUAAAAGUGGUCCACUUAGCUUGAAACAUGUCGGAGAGGGCGCUCUCAGUGAUUCCGACGAAGAAGAUGAAGAUGAAGAAGAAAAGGGAAGUGGUAGGGGCAGUGACGCAGAGUCUGAAGACGAGCAUCCCGAAUUACAGGAAAGCUUCCAUUCAGAUAGGGGAAGCAUUCACACAGAAAUCUCUACAUCAUUUCGGCCUUCCAUUUCGCCUUACCUCUAUCCUCGAACCUCCGGUGCAACAUCGCAUACGCACAUACAUCCGAAUCCAAGCCCGCUGUCGCGAGUGGCUGGGCAGCAAACCUGGACGGAGGAUGAAGAUGACAGGGAUGGCGAAGAUUCGCCUUCUCCGGCCUCUUCGUCAAACUCAGAUUACGAAAAUAGCGACGGCGAAGGUUCGGAUGCCGCUUUCAAAGUUUCAAAAGGCAAGAUCUCUAGGCGCAGCUCAAAAUCAAGUCGCCAUCGGACGCGAAGCCGAAGUUCCACAGUUGCCUCUCUUGCUGCGUCGCAGCCAACUCUUAAACCCACCUCGGCGCUGACGGUCCAAACCCCAAAACUCACCAAACAAGAUUCGCAAAGUAGUAUUCGCACAGUGACCGCAGUCAACUCUCCCUAUACGGACGAUAUGAAAGACCCCAGCAGUUUAUAUCGCGACGAUACCGUUCGCGAUUUGGCGAGCUCGUUCUCUUUUGGACGUCCUGGUUCUGUGCAGCCCACUUCGUACCUUCAGCACAAACGUGUACGAUCCACCAUUUCGGCCGAAUUCACACUUGGCGGCGCGCGUAGCAGUCGGGGCACAUCGGUAGAGAGGGUUUCGAAUGCGAUUCCCAAGAAGCGAGCGGCUAGUGUCACCAAGGAGCAGGUGGAAGAGGUUGAGGAGCGUGUACGAGACGUAGGAUGGGAAGCUCUGCGAGAAUCACUGGAUGUGUUUGCAGAUGAGGGUGACGUACAAAUGUGUACCCUUUUGUCGCUUGUAGCUGGGGCGGAGCUCAAGGUAACGAGGACGCGUCUGGUUCGAUUUUUGGAAUCAUAUAUAGACCUCCUGGUCCGACUUCGCCUACAUACCGCUGCAGCAUACAUGCGCAAAUUCACACCUGCUGAAGAAGUCCGGAACGCAACCUUGCUCGAAACUACCAUCUAUACGGCAUGUGGACGCUGUCGAAAACCCCUUAUGCUUCCUUCGGGAGGGACAGUUUUGAGUACCACACCCACUAACGCCACGACGCCUCAUCACCAGGUGAAGCUCUCGCUUGAGCCCAAGCCUCCUCCGAAGCCUGCUGGGAACUAUGCAUUUUGCCUACAAUGCAAGCAGAGUUCUUCCAGGUGUUCCAUAUGCCAUUUACCUGUCCGAGCCAUGCUGUUUAAAUGCACAGUAUGCAUGCAUGGAGGACAUCAGGAAUGCUAUCAGAUGUAUUAUUUACGUCGACCCAUGAUCGAAAUCAAGCCACAUCAACCACCUGUCCCCCAACCACUCCCUGCACCCCCUCGGCCUCCGACACCUUCUCUAGUCCAUCAAGGCAAGCCUCCAACUCGAGGACGUGCGCUGUCAAGAGUCGCAGACGAUGUCUCGGAUGACGGAGUCAGCGCCAUUGUGAAGGACGGUAACAGUGAUGGUGGAGGACCUGCUGGGGUUGGUGGAGGUGUCAGAGGCUCGAUGGCUGUUUUGGGUCAUCCUUGUGCUGCUGGUUGUGGACAUUAUUGUUGGGCUGCCAGUGAUGCUUUGUAUAGUCAACCACUGGAGUAAUUGCUUUUUCAUUUAUUUGUAAAUAUUGUAACAGCAUUGUAGAUAGUUCCGUCCGUGUAGGUACAUGCGAGAACAUAGAGGUAACUUAGCAUCGAUAGUCAAGUUACACAAACGAACAUUGGAGACAACUAGUCCUCGUCGCUUUCAAACUCAAGUUCCUGAUAUUUACGAGCCGCUUGAUUGGGAUUUGCC